CGCACCAACUUCUCUUCUCCUGUUCCUUUUCCCCCCUGUUUCUUUAUGCCUUCCCCUUUUAAACUAACAAACCAAACCUGCUUUCAUUAUAUGCUCACAAUCUUUAUAGAGUCAGUUAGCUUACUAGCUUUUUUUUCUCGUUUUUAUCUUAAGCCCCCUUUUCUUUACAUCUUGUUUUUAGAUAGUUUUUAGCUCAAGUUCUAAUCCAACCAUUUCUUUAACUACAAAACUGAGUUUUAGUUUUGUUUCUUUUUUGUUCCUAAAUCUCUUACCUACAUAAUUCUAUAAUGGGUUCUUUCUUCCUCUAUUCUCCUCCUCCUCCUCCUCAUUCACUUCUUGUUCGAACAAAUAAAGAUGUGAAGAUAUCUUCUGGUGGUCAUCGUUGGCCUAGGAGGAAGAAAGGUUGUACUACUAGUAGUGUUGUGUUCUGUCAAGGCGGAGGAGGAAAGGCAAUCAGGUCUGGUGUUGGUUCAGUUUUUGGUGGGAGAACAUCAGCUUUGGUUACUCCUACUACUGCUACUGAUCAGGAACAACAAAUCUCACCAGCAGCUGUGAUGGAUGCUAGCAGCUUGGUUUUGGCUGUGAAUGGACAACCAGAGAUUGUCGUGAAAGAUUUAGUGCCUUACAGUGGACCAACAAGUUCUAGUCUUGUGGAAACUCAUGAUGGUAUUGGGAUUGUGAGGUUUCUGAGAGGGAAAGGGUUCUUCAUUACUGGCGCAACCGGGUUUCUGGCCAAAGUCCUGAUUGAAAAGAUAAUUAGGACAAUGCCUGAUGUGGGGAAGAUAUAUCUGUUGAUUAAGGCUAAAGACAAGGAUGCAGCAAUGGCGAGAUUGAAAACUGAAAUACUAAAUGCAGAACUGUUCAAGACUCUUCGACAAACCUAUGGAAAAUCAUUUCAGACUUUCAUGUUGAGCAAACUAGUCCCAGUCGUUGGUGAUGUCUGCAAAUCUAAUCUCGGUUUGGAACAAGAAUUAGCAGAUUUGAUUGCUGAUGAUGUCGAUGUUAUUGUGAAUUCAGCAGCAAAUACCACUUUUGAUGAAAGAUAUGAUGUGGCAAUUGACAUCAACACAAGGGGACCUUCCAACCUCAUGAGUUUCGCCAAGAAGUGCCAAAAUCUGAAACUCUUCUUGCAAGUAUCAACAGCAUAUGUUAAUGGGCAAAGACAAGGAAGAAUCAUGGAGAGAGCAUUCAGCAUGGGGGAUUGCAUAGCUAGGGAGAACAACAAUAGUCUUGUCUGUGAAGCUGCAUCACGAUUCACAUUGGACAUUCAAGAAGAAGUUAAGAUGGUUAUGAACUCCAAGGAAGUGUUUCACCCAAAUGAAGUUGCGAUCAAGAUGAGAGAACUUGGAUUGGAAAGGGCAAGGAAAUUCGGUUGGCAAGAUACCUAUGUGUUCACAAAGGCCAUGGGAGAAAUGGUGAUUGACAAUAUGAGAGGUGAGAUUCCAGUCGUCAUUCUCAGGCCAAGUGUAAUUGAGAGCACCUACAAGGAGCCAUUCCCCGGUUGGAUGGAAGGCAACAGGAUGAUGGAUCCAAUAGUUUUGUACUAUGGGAAAGGGCAGCUCACAGGAUUCCUAGUAGACCCAAAUGGAGUUCUUGACGUGGUGCCAGCAGAUAUGGUGGUGAAUGCAACAUUGGCAGCAAUAGCCAGACAUGGAAUGGAGCAGAAACCAGAGAUAAAUGUCUACCAAAUCGCCUCAUCAGUAGUGAACCCACUUAUCUUCAAGGACCUGGCCACACUGCUAUAUGAACACUACAACUCGUCUCCCUAUGUGGACUCUAACGGCAUGCCAAUCACCGUUCCAUUGAUGAAACUCUUCAGCUCCAUGGACGACUUCUCCGAACACCUAUGGAGGGACGUCAUUCAGCGAAAUGGGCUGACCGCAAUCACCUCAUCGGAUGGGAAGUUGUCCCAAAGGCACGAAUUCAUCUGCAAAAAGUCUGUGGAGCAAGCCAAGUACCUGGCCGACAUCUACGAGCCAUACACGUUCUAUGGUGGAAGAUUCGAUAACAGCAAUGGGGAGAGACUAAUGGAGCUGAUGUCUGAGAGUGAGAAGAGACAAUUCGGGUUUGAUGUCGGGAGCAUAGAUUGGAGAGACUACAUUACUAAUGUUCAUGUACCUGGGUUAAGGAGACAUGUCAUGAAGGGAAGAGGAACCAGCAGCAGCUAAUAGCCAACAGGAGAAAGUAGAGGAAAUUAUACGAUAAAUAUGUAGUAAUAAAGAUUAAAAAAACAAGCCCUCAGCUUUAUUUUCUUUCUGUUCUUCCUGGUUGGUGCGUGUGUUUCUAUUUUGAUCAUGAAAAAGGAAGAAAAAUGGAGAUUAUAUUUGUAAAUGGAGGGCACGAAAAGUUGUGACCCUUCAUCGUCCAUAUUAUUGUAUGUUGUACGUACCAAUUGAAGUUGAGUUUCUAUGGUCAACUGAAGCCUACUUUGUUUUUGUUAAUCGC